UUCCUCGGCAUCAUCCGUCGUUUUAGGAGUCCACAGCUCAAAUCCGACACUUCAACGCGACACCUUACCUUCCCAACCACGUAAUCACAUCCAUUCUCGUGAGCUAUAAUCCGUAAGCGCAACGGCGCAAAUCGACCCUUUUCGGAAAACCGGGGAGGCCAUGCCUCCCGUGUUAUCUCAUUCAUUAGGUCGACGUAAUAUCUGAAUGGACCCAGAUUUGUUUACUUAUGGGGACAUAUGAUAUGAGAAGAUCCCUUGCGAUAUUCGUUUGAUGCGGCAUGCGCGAAAAUGGACAGCAUCGAUGUCUGAAUCAAGACAUGUAAAGGGGGCACGCAGCAGCAAUCCAGGAGAUUGAUCAGUCGUGCAGUUCACACCAGCCGCAGCGACCGGAACCGUUAAAGGAGGGUCUCUCUCCUUUUCACCUUUCCUCUUCUUUUCCUCAGUUCCCACGGACACGGCAACACCGAGUCACAGCUGCAACAGUAUAUAGGGCCGUUCAGUCGUGAGGGCCACAUUGCCUUUUGCUCCACAGGGAAAGAAAAUGGAGCGUCACAGAGCUCAAAUUACGGCUUUUGUGCUGGCAGUUUCGAUUUUUCAUGUCGCUCAUGGUUGGGGGUCUGAAGGGCACUAUACCAUUUGCAAGAUUGCUCAGUCCCGGUUGACCGGAGCAGCAGCGGAUGCGGUGAAGCAGCUGCUGCCGAAAUGGGCAGAGGACUUGUCGAGCGUGUGUUUGUGGGCGGACCAAGUGAAGUUCCGUUAUCGCUGGUCCUCUGAGCUUCACUAUCUCAAUACGCCGGACAACCUCUGCAAAUACCAGUACACCAGGGACUGCAAGGAUGAUAAUGGAGAGAAGGGAAGGUGUGUUGCGGGAGCAAUCAACAAUUACACCUCCCAGCUUCUUGGUUAUAAAAGCAAUGCUUUACGAGCUGCAUAUAAUCUUACAGAAGCGCUCAUGUUUCUCUCUCAUUUCAUUGGAGACAUUCAUCAGCCUUUGCAUGUAGGCUUCACUACAGACAGAGGGGCCAACGAAAUUGAGGUCCGCUGGUACACCCGGAAACAAAACCUUCACCAUGUUUGGGAUAGUAAUAUAAUUGAGACCGCUGAAGAGAGAUACUACAGCUCAGACACAGACGGCCUUGUUGAUGCUAUCCAGCAGAACAUCACGAAUGAUUGGGCAGAAGAAGUUAAAGGCUGGGAGACCUGCAGUUCUACCAAGCCACCUUGCCCAGACAUAUAUGCAUCCGAAAGUAUCGCCGCGGCCUGUCAGUGGGCAUACAAAGGUGUCAGUGAAGGUUCGGUAUUAGAAGAUCCAUAUUUCCUGUCCCGUUUACCUACCGUUAAUCUUCGGUUAGCUAAAGGGGGAGUUCGACUUGCAGCCACUCUAAACCGCAUUUUCAUGUGAGUGGCUUCAAGUUCUGGCUGAAAAUAUGGGACUAAAAGGAGGACAAGGUGAAGAUUUAAGGCAUAUUGGAGUGACAGAGAGCUACUCACAGACUACAAUUGCAGUUCAUGCUUGUAUAGGUAGUCAUAUGUUCAUAGCCUACUGCUUUCCAUCUUCUUGAAUUGCCCAACUGUUCAGUCCGUUGUCACUAAAUAAAGACAUUCUGUCUAUUAA